UCACCCAUCUCGAUCUCGACCAGCUUUGCUGCGUUGUGCGGCCCAUAAAAUCCUGACAACUUUUCAGAGAACGAAAUCCCAACAACUCUCUGCCUCUCUCUCUCUCUCUCCUACUGUUUCUGCAUCAGUCUGAUUCUAACUGAGCAGGUCCAAUGAUAAUGCGUAUGCACAUUUGAGUAGGAGACCUUCGUGUUUGCGCUCUAGGAUGGCAACUCUUCCGCUGUCAAUCGUCAUUCAGGCCUCAUGUUGUUUGAAUUGUGGAACCACUGAAUUGUCUAAGCUGACUGCUGCAAAUCGUAACAUACACAGGCAUAACGGUCUGCGUGGUUCUGUAAAACUGGGUAUAGAGAGAAAUCUAGUUUUCGGAGAAGUUCUGCAGAACUUCAAGGAAAUGCCUCUAAGGGACCGUGACUUGAAAGUGUAUGCUACAUCCCGAGUUUCUGUUGAGCCAAUGGAGCAAAGAGUCUACACCAGUACUGAAACUGAAGAAGCAAGCAAGGUAUCAACUUAUCGAUUUAGGACAGAAACUGGGGAUCUGGUAAAAGUUUUUGUUAGAAUGAAGAAUGCCAAAUACAUUGUGAAUAUUGAAGUUUCAUCAUUGCACCUGUCUAGUAAUGAUAGAUUAUUAGUACUGAGUUGGGGAAUUUAUAGAUCUGAUGCAUCUAGUUUCAUGCCUUCGAAUUUCAGAAGUUCGACCCCAGCUGACAGAACCACCACCCUUGAAACUCCAUUCACUGAGACUUCUUCCGGCAGGUUUACUCUAGAAUUGGAGUUUGAGGCUAAACAAAUCCCCUUCUACCUCUCGUUUAUUUUGAAAUCCCCCGCAGAUGCUGAUUCAAGUGACUUGGAAAUAAGAAGUCAUAGGAAGACAAAUUUCUGCUUCCCAGUUGGUUUUUCUCGAGGAGAUCCCGCUCCAUUGGGUCUGUCUUUUUCUAAUGAUGGUUCCAUGAACUUUGCCAUCUUUUCAAGAAAUGCAGAAAGUGUAGUUUUAUGCUUGUAUGGUGAGACCACGGCUGAAAAACCUGUGUUGGAGCUCGAUCUAGAUCCAUAUGUUAAUCGAUCAGGUGACAUCUGGCAUGCAUCAUUUGAAAGUGCAUGGGAUUUUGUGAGCUAUGGUUAUAGAUUUGAUGAAGGGAAUGUCUUGCUGGAUCCAUAUGCUAAGAUCAUUGCGAAAUCUGUUCCUCAUGGGACAGGGUUGAAGUAUCUUGGAAGACUAUGUGAGGAACCUGCUUUCAACUGGGCUGGUGACGUUCGACCUGACUUCGCGAUGGAAAAACUUGUGGUUUAUCGGUUGAACGUGACGCGGUUUACAGAGCAUAAGUCUAGUAAGCUAACAACUAAUAUAGCAGGCACCUUUUCGGGUUUGACAGAGAAGUUGGAGCAUUUGAAAGACCUGGGUGUGAAUGCAGUUUUAUUAGAGCCUAUUUUCCCAUUUGAUGAGCAAAAGGGUCCAUACUUCCCUAUCCAUUUCUUUUCACCUAUGAAUUGUUUUGGACCUUCUAGAGGGCCUGUAUCAGCUGUCAAUUCUAUGAAAGACAUGGUGAAAAAAUUUCAUGCCGAUGGAAUGGAGGUCCUAGUGGAAGUUGUUUUCACCCAUACCGCUGAGGGUGAAGCUCUGCAAGGAAUCGAUAUCUCAUCUUAUUAUCACAUAAACAGGGUUGCGGAUUUGAAAGCCAGAAACGCUUUGAAUUGUAACUAUCCUGUUGUGCAACAAAUGGUAUUGGAUAGUCUUCGAUACUGGGUGACUGAGUUUCACGUUGAUGGCUUUUGUUUUAUAAAUGCAUCAUCUCUGUUGCGAGGGUCUAAUGGUGAAUACUUAUCUCGCCCGCCUUUGGUCGAAGCAAUUGCUUUUGAUCCGCUACUCUCGAAGACCAAGAUCAUUGCAGACUGCUGGGAUCCUCAUGGCUCAGUACCAAAGGAAACUCGCCUUCCUCAUUGGAAGAGAUGGGCAGAAGUGAACUCAAAAUUCUCUAAAGAUGUGAGAAACUUUUUGAGGGGUGAGGGCCUUCUUAGUGACCUUGCUACACGGCUUUGUGGGAACGGGGACAUCUUCUCGGAUGGACGAGGGCCAGCAUUCUCUUUCAACUUUAUUUCCAGGAAUUCCGGACUUCCUCUCGUGGACCUUGUUAGUUUCAGUGGUGUUGAGUUAGCUUCAGAACUGAGUUGGAAUUGUGGGAAAGAAGGGCCUACAGAUAAAACCGCUGUACUUGAAAGGCGACUUAAACAAAUUCGUAAUUUUCUCUUUAUCUUGUUUCUUUCACUCGGCGUUCCUGUCCUUAACAUGGGAGAUGAGUGUGGACAAUCAACAGGCGGUUCCCCUGCAUACAGUGACAGAAAAGCUUUCGAUUGGAACGCACUGGGAACAGGUUUUGCUACUCAAACCACACAAUUCAUCGCAUUUUUAAGUUCGUUUAGGAUAAGGCGGAGCGACCUACUUCAGAGGAGGAACUUCUUGAAAGAAGAAAAUAUAGACUGGUACGGGAGUGAUCAAUCUUUUCCAAAAUGGGAAGAUCCAUCCUGCAAAUUCCUUGCCAUGAAGCUGAAACCAGACGAAGAGGAAGUGAACGAACCAGGAGAUGUUUCUCCCCCCUUAUGGGGUGACUUAUUUGUUGCCUUCAGUGCAGCUGAUCAUUCAGAGACUGUCAUUCUGCCUCCGCCUCCGGAAUGUAUGGGAUGGUUCCGUUUGGUCGACACGGCUCUUCCAUUUCCAGGUUUUUUCUCAACUGACGGCGAGCCAGUUCCGGAACAAAUGACGGGUUUAUUUGCAUACCAAAUGAAGUCUCACAGUUGUGCUCUGUUUGAAGCCAGAAGCUUGUAGCUUUAUUAGUUAAUCCAUAUAAUUAUUUUGUUGGUUAACUUUUAAUAGGAUGCCUAGACAAUAAGACAUUGCAGUGCAGUAAAGUAGCACAUAAGUCACUGCUGUAAAUUCCAUGUAAAUUUUGUUUAAAGCAAUAAAGUAAUAUUUUUAUUGAAUAA